CAGGAGAGGAAAGAGAGACAGGAGAGGAGAGACCGGACAGGAGAGCAGACUAUUUUAUCUUAAGGGAAGAUUUCAGUAAAGCGUUAACUGAAGUUGUCAUACCUUGGUCCAGAACCAGAGUACAUUUAAAGGUUCUGUUGGUGUGGAUUCAACCGGUGUUGAAGGGAUUUAAAGGUGUUCUGUUGGUGUGGAUUCAACCGGUGUUGAAGGGAUUUAAAGGUGUUCUGUUGGUGUGGAUUCAACCGGUGUUGAAGGGAUUUAAAGGUGUUCUGUUGGUGUGGAUUCAACCGGUGUUGAAGCAUAUUUCAGGGUGUCGCCCAUGCAACGGUGUGUCCAAUCAGGGAUAACUGAGGAUAGAAUGACUCUAGAUCUAAAGGAAAAGGCACACCCCCAGCCCCACUACAACCUCCUCACUUCCUCCCCAGCACCUCCACCCUCCACCACCAAGGUUCCCUCCACCCCAACUCCUACCCUUUCUGUAGCUCCAGUCCCUCCGUCAGGUAGACUCUCUGAUGACGUCUAUCACCUGGCGGCUGCCCUCUUCCAGCAACAUCGGGCUGAAAAGCCCAUCCACCACUGUCUGAUUCAUUAUGGGGAGAAAACUGAUGCUCCACUUCCUGAAUCUCCUGAUAAAAGUUCACAGAAACAGGCUUAUCAACUAGCAUUCAACACUCUCACAUACCAAGAUCUGCUACAAGAUAUCAUAACAGACUGCUGUUUCAUCACCACUCAACACAUGCCCCAGGACUUGUUGCCGUUGGUAAUGGUGAUGCUGUUCGACCUUCAGGACAGGAAGUUUCUGCCAAGACAGCGUUCCACACAGGAAGGGGAGGGGCAAAUGCCAGAAGUCAGGGAGGUGGAGAACAGCCUUGACAGGUGUAAGACACAUCUGUCAGCCUCCCUGGCUCGGUACAGGAUAAAGAACGGUCUGUUGCAUAUCUCCUGUGUUCUACCAGACAGCAUCAGAACCAGACAGCACAGAGCUGCUAGCCUGCCGUGCUACGCAUGGGUCAACACACACACCACCAGUUUGGAAUGUGUGUGUGAGGUGCUGUCUGGUGUGGGAGUGUGUGAGGUGGAGUGCAUCAGUGCUCUGAAGGGCAACGUGUUCUGCAGGGAUCCUCUGUGUUCAGACACACUGGUCUUCAGCCAGAAUGUCUCAACACUGCUGCAGCAACAGAAUACGCUGAUGACACAACACACACUCAACAUACAGGACAGGAGUGUGUGUCUGGCUGUGAGCUCGCUGCGCCCCCUGCUGUCAGAGCAGUGUGAUGUCCUGUUACUCGGGUCCUUCUCAGGACUGACUGUGACUUAUAUAGCUGUCCAGGCCGCUGCCUGCUCCGGGUGGGUCCUGCUGUGUGGCGGCGACCACAGCCCUGAACAGAGACAAGACAUACAGACCACCCUGAAUCACCAUGAUAUGAAGAGAGAACCCCUGGAAGUAGAAUCUGGACAGAUGGAUGUCCGUGUGCUCGAGGAGGGGUUCCAGGAACUGGACGUGUGGAACCCUUCGGUUCAGCGAGUAAAGGCCAUCCUGCUGCUGCCUCAGUGUUCUGUUACCGCUAGCAACGACCCACUGGACACCAUCCUAACUGAACAUGGAGACACUGAUCUGCUCCAGGACCUGUGCCAUGGUUCCGUCGCCCAGAACAGACUACACACACUAAUGACCAAACAGGAACAACUUCUCACCCACUCACUCACCUUUCCUAUGGUUCUGGAGGUGGUCUACUGCACACGCUCAGUUUAUCCUGAGGAAAACGAGCUGCUGGUUACAAGAGUCCUAAAGAAGUCUGACACACACCCUAAACUACCACCCUUCAGGUUGAAAAGUCCAGCUCCCUCUGUGGUUUUUGGGUCUGAAAGCAGUGGGAUCAGAGAAAAGUUCUUCCGAUUGGAGCCUUCACAACACUCCAAUGGUUGCUUCAUCUCCCUGCUGGCAAGAGAGGCUGACUCGGUUCCGGUCCUGUCAGUUCGUGAUGUGUUGGCACGGGCUGCAGCUAAAGGCUUAAUGACUGGCAUCCUCCCAAACCAACAAAGUGCACCCAAGAAAAAAAAGCACAGGAAGAAUCGCCCCCCAGCCCAUACUGACCAAUCACUGCACAAAAGCCAGUUGAAGGCCAGCCUCCCAAAGAAAAAGCUUGUGAUUGGUAAAGAUCCAGGAAGUAGUGCUACUGUUUUAGUUAAGUCCUUGGCAUUGAUUGGCAAGCUGUCGAACCAAGAAGAGACAGAUGAUAAAGCGAUGAAGGAAGGACAGGAAGAGGAAGGAGAAGACGGAGAGUAUGAUGAAGAAAAGGAGGAAACGGAGGAGGGGGUGCAGGGGAUGCGGACAAAAUUGAGGAGGGACCCCCUCCACAUCUAUAACCAGAACCCCUCCACAUCUAUAACCAGACCCCCACCCCUCCACAUCUAUAACCAGACCCCCACCCCUCCACAUCUAUAA